AAUUUAGACAAUUGCUCGCCAAUAUGGCUGCCUCGAUUACUCCCGUAAACUCUUCCAUUAAUCUUUCGCUGUUGGCGUCAACAGACAUAUUUUAGAGAUGGAAAUUUAAAAUCAAGCAUUUGCUAUGUCAGCUGCGAAUACCGACGCGGGAUUUAUUUCCAGUACGGGGUUUUCCAGUCAGUGUUUUCCCGUUCGAAGCCUCACUCGAUACAAGAGACAAGAUGACGAUGGUAAGUGUUUGGCCUUUCUUGUGACAAAGUGGUGUUUUCUGAUGUAUUUCGUUUGGUUGAAGACAACCAUACGUUUAUAAGUUGAAUGAAUUUAGUUGAAACACGUGGUAUGAUCAAUUGUAGUCAUGUUGUCUUGUUGGAAAGGGCUUGAAUGGGAUAAUAUUAAUGUCCAGUUCAAAACGGUUACUUGGUAAUUUUACAGUUGUAUGGUACUGGACUGAGGGACAAAUAUAAAGUAACGAAGCUCAAGAAAGCGAAGCUAGAUAUGAUGAGGUUAUUGACUAUCCAUUCCUCUUCGGGUUUCUGCUUUUUACAAUUACAUGCAUGUCUGUAAAUUAUUUCUCUGUGUUUGUAUCUAUACCUCUAACUUCUUUUCCGCAUGUUAGUUUAAAUGCUUGUACAGUAUUAAUGAUAUCUUAAAUUAAACUAACAUAAAAUAAGUUAUAAGACAGGGCUUAUAGUCACUGUGUUGUUUUUGAACCUUGCCCGGUCUAUUCAGUUUCUCUGAGCAUAAACCAAACAGCGUGUGGGAAAGGAAUUAGAGAAGGCAUGUCUGAAUGGAAUCUUCAUGUUUUAAGGCCUCCAUUUAUAGUUACUGUGUUUUUGUUGUUAUUAUUAUUUUCUGAAGGAGGGGCAUGGCUUGUUGCUUACCGCGCCGAGCAGAGAAGAAGAUUUAAAGCUGUGUUAUGUGCUGGGGAUCCAAGUCUACCAACAAAAUCACUGAUUACAAACUUUAAAAAUGAAGAAAUGGACACUCUCACUGAUGUUAAGUCACAAAAACUUGAUGGAUUUUAUCUGGUAAGCUUAAACUGAAGCAUUAAUAGAAUAGCUUUAAAUUGGACCAAUUUCAAAAAUUAUUGCUGUGCAACAAAUUUUCUUGUUCCAUGUGUUUUUUUUGUCCCAAAUCAGGCCAACAUACACAGCAAAUUGUAAACCAUGCUUUUAGCUGAAAGGAAAAUAUUGCUUCACUACGUUCUACAUCAUACCCACUGAAAAAAACAUCAUGAAAUCUGUAUUUUUUGCAGAUGAAACAAUUUCAUGUAGAUGAUCCAUCUGAUUUAUGCUCAGUAAGAAUAAGUGGACAAGAACUAAGAGAGGUACAAUAACAUGUACAUGUAUGUUAAUUAUAUUUAAGGAUUAUAGCUAUAUGUUCAGUGUGCAGAGAAAGUUGUGUCCGAUAGCCCGGGGCUAGUGGAUUUUACUAUAGGGCUACUGAUUUUUGCUCUUAACUUGCCUGAUGGGUAAGUGCUGUUUUUUUGGGGAAAUUCAAAUUACAGAAGGAUUGUAAUCUACUCCUGCUAAUCAAAAAGGGUUUUGGAGCUUGUUGAAUGACUCGUGGGCUGGUACAAUUUGGUAGCUACAGCUUGCCCAAAUGGCAGGCUGUAAAACUGACUUUCUUUGCACCCUGUAUGUUACCUGUAGGUUCAUUUUAUGGGAGGUUAGCAGGGUAAACAGUGACAUUAGUCAAAUGAAAUGGUGGCAGGUGACACAAGGUUGGAUUGAAACUACAACAGUGAUGAAGAUGAGCAUAUUAAUUGACAAUGGUAGCAGCUAGGAAGUUCUUUGGUAUUGUUUUCCUUUUCUUUUCCACCUAUUAAAAUAGCCAGUGUUGAUGCUUAUACUAGCCUGGGGAAAUCCUGGCCGCUGUGAUCAUGACAUCCCUGAGUGACUGUUCAAAAUGUACAGUAGGGUGAAAUUUCAUGAGUGAGAUUUAUUGAAGAGCAUAACAUAUAAAAGCAUCUUUCCCCACUGAUUUUGUGUUCCAAUUUACACAUUUUUUGUGUAUCUAGGUAAAUGAAAAUGACUUCUUGCUAUUUGACAAUGUUAUCCAUGUUGAUGCGGGAGACAACAAUCUGCCAUUUGGUGAGUUAACAGUAAACAAACUUUGAAAUUUAUGUUUAGCAGUUAUUUUUAAGCAUUCAGCUUAAGGCAAAAUAUAUUGUUAGUACUUCUGUCAAAGAGAUUUUAUCUGUACUUAACAUUUAACAUGCACACAUACUGUCUUUUCUUUGGGAUUCUUAGUGAUUUUAGUGCCUCUAAUCCCCCUCACUUCUUCCCCAUUAGAGAACUUAAAAACAGGGUAAAUGUAUCAUGUAGUGCUUUCAUUUUUGUGGUUACAAGAAAAGUUAUAAUCAAUUAUUAUUUUCUAGACACUUUCAAGAAAAUAGAAAUUAAUAAAAAAGCAAAAUCUUCCUAACAGAGUUUAAAGGUCAAAAUUUAUGCAGUUUCCAGAAAGUCAGGUAGGAUGAGGUUCUUUCAUGAUGGAUUUUACUAACAAUGAUUAUGUCUGACAUUUCUUCUCAAUAUAGCUGCAUUUAGCAAAUUCUCAGCACUCCAGGAAUUAGAACUUCCUCUAAACAACAUUCACAACACCGUCAAAAUCCAGCCAGACAUGUUCACAAGCCUGAUGACUCUUGAUCUUUCCUACAAUCGUGUGACUGGAGAUGACAUCUUGGCACUUGGACUUCUUAUGAACCUUCGAACUUUGCAUCUAACAGGUAAGAGCAGAGGGAUGUUAAAUGGUAAAUUUGGGUUUCAACAGUGAACCUUAAUUUGUUUAAAAAACCGAGACUUUCAAUCAAAACAUUUACUGUAAAACUCACAAAACCAUGAACACCAGAAAUAUUCUUGAAUGUCAUUGUGAUUUACUGGCUUGCUUGCAUCAUUGUCUUGAUCUUCACUUUGAUUGGUCAUUUACACAAUAAACAUUCCUAAAAUACUUCAGAUGUUCACAGUUUUAUUAGUUUGACAGUAAGACUAUGGGGUGGAACAAAUUGAACACUAAAAGAAAAGAAUUUUAACUCUGAAACUUGAACCGAAUUAAAACUUUCUGAAACCUACAAUUUCCUUGUAGGUACGAAUUUUCACCCCUAACCUCUCCCUCAAGAUGCUAAGGGCUACGGAUUUAUAUUUAUUUUGCAAAGUUACCUCAGCUUUGCACAGUUGACCUCUUAUUACAUUCAGUCAUCCAGUCAGUGAUCCACAAACAAUCUUAUCAGUGAUUUUAAAAAUGCACCCAUCUUGAUCUGUUCUUUGGAAACAUGAAGAGCCUCUGAAAUUUCAAAAUGUUUUAACUUGGGUAGAUUCUUAUGACAGUGAGUAGACUAUUCUAAGCAAAAUAACCUCUUGAGAUAUCACAUGAGUUGCUGCAUCAUAGACACUUUUUCAUUGCCACAUAAUGGACCUUCAGGAAAUUGUGCAUACAUAUACAUACAUACUCUACCACAAUGUUUCACACUAGUAUAUCAAAAGUGCUGAUUGUUGCUUUUUUAUUCUUACUUAUUUUUGCAAUAAAGCUAAUAAUCAAAAUUGUAACUUGGAAUGUUUUGCUAGACAUAAUGAUUAUUAAUACCGGUACAUCUGUAUUGUUCCAGACUUCCAAGGUGAUUCAUGGAACGAUUUUAACAGUACUAGAUUACUUCUCUUGAAAUAUUGAUUGCCCUUGAAAAUUGGUUUUCUAAGUGUCAAUGGAAAUUUAAAUUUUUUUAGUAAUAAUUAUUUUGUUUUCUAGGAAAUGAGAUAAAAAGGCUUCCAGUGGAAAUGACAAGAAUGUACAGAACAAUAACAGGAAUGACAAUGUAAGUGUUUAAAAUUGAUCGUUUUCUGCAAAUUGAAAGCUGUAUUAUGGAGAUGUUCAAAUGAGCUACUUUACAAUGUAAAUUAUCUUUUGUAGCAAUUUUCUUUUGUUUUACACAGGUCAGGGAAUAUUGAAUCCCACGAGAGAAAACUGAGAUUUCCUGCUCUGGAAAAUUUAUACCUUGAUCAUAAUGAGCUAACAGAUUUGUCCACCUUUGCCAGCCUGGCAGGAUUAAGAAAGUAUGAACUCAAGUUUUGUUAACGUUAUGGAUAAAAUUUCUAUUAAAUUAUUUACAGAGUAUAUUAUUGAAAUUCAUUGUGAAGACUAAUCUGGCAGAAAUUUGAACUACCUCGCAUGUGAAUCGGGGCUGUCAUUAAGAGGUGGGGGUCGGGGGAUUUUCCUCAGCUACUGUGAGUGUGGCCCCCGGCUACUUUCAUAGGAAAAUAGACGAAAAAUAAAAUUGUUGUAUUUACCCAGCAACUUGAAGUCUGAGUGACAUCCCUGAUGUAAGUGCAAUGCCCGUUUCUCUGGAAUGCAGUAAUUGAACUGCUAUCUACAGCUGGUAAUGGAUUCACUUUUAUAUAAUAAGUUUAUUGGUUGAAUGUGGGGAAGGCUUGUCUUCCUUGGACCUGUUUUAAAAGUCAAAGCUAACAUGUGCUGAAUUGCUACCAAGGAAAAUUUCUUGUUUUCUUGCUCAUUUGCAUUUCACUGAAGAUGCAUGUAUGCGAAGUUUAACAUUUAACGUUUAGCCUGCAUAUCAGAUAAAGGAAUCUGUGAUAACUGAAUUCAAAACUUUACAGAUCUUUUAGUGAGGAAGUUAUCUACAGUCAUUAAAUGACAAUUAUUAUACAGGUCUUGAUGUUGUUUAUUAUUUGUAUAAUUGUAACCAUCCAGACGAAACAGUUAUUCAUUUUGUGCUCAAGGGCUGGUUCAGUUAGCUUGUAGGUUUUUUUUUUAAAUUUUAUACUUGUUUUCCAAGUGUUAUAUUUGAUAAUUUGUAAUGUGCUUUAUCAUAGUGGCAUAGUGAAAAGUUAGGUAAUUAGAUUUUUUUUUCUAAGAAGGGGGUCUCAAGGAGGGUAUUGUGCUAGAAGAAAUCAAACUGCUCAUAUAAGCACAAGUAGCAAAUUUGAAAUUCUAAUUUCUUCAACAGGCUGAGAUAUCUUAAUUUGGAACACAAUGAAAUCUCCUCCAUUCCCCAUCUUCGGCUUCUGGGUGCCCGAGUAAGAGACCUUUCCCAGAAAGAGAAUGAAGAUGCCUUCAACGAGGAACUGGUUGAUAGCUCUGCACCAAGUUUUCCUCAGGAGAAGGACAGCGAUUCACAGGCCAAAAAUGAAGUACAUUUUAGUGAUACCAAAGAGGAAUCGAAGACUGAAGAGAAGGAAGAAAGUAACGACGAGUUGAUUCUUGAUGAAGUUGAUAAAAUUCUAAACCAAAAACUAGCGGAUGAUGAACAGAAUGAGGAACACAAACGGCCUGAAAUGCAACCAAAAUCCAGCGUACUUACUGAAGAUGCUUCUCUUUUAGGUACGUUUAUUGGAAUGUAUGUCGAUGGUCUUGACUUUUAAGCGUGUAAAAAAUCACUUAGUUAUUAAAAACGCUACACUACAAAUAAUCUCUUUUUUAUCUUUUAAAAUUCAGUAAAGCAAGAGCACUACGCGUGAGGGGCGACCGGAGAAGCCGCGAGAAAAAAUGGGGCAAGCCCCAGCAAAAACAAAAUAUGAUUUACUCUCACUUUUCCUUUGCCAGGGCUUGUGCCACAAGAUGCUUAUUGUGCCAAGCUCGUGACAUGACAGUUUCACACAUGAAGACAUGAAGAUUACUGCUUUUGAUAUUUCAGGUGACCAAUAUAAUCCACCGAUGCCUUUCGCCAACUUACUUCACCUUAACCUUGCAAACAAUCUCAUCUUUGAGGAAGAAGGGCUCUUGGCUUUGAUGGGCUGGCCUUCUCUUAGAGAACUUGUGUUGUGGGGCAAUCCGCUUACCACUGCAUUCAAGGGAGACCCACCAAUUCUUUCAUUUCAGCUCGGAAGACUUAAAGGUGUGAGAAUUUUCAGGUAAGGAACACUUCUGAGUUUUUAUAGUUAAGGUUAUAAAAAGAGAUCUUGCGGUAAAACGGUUUUGCGCCUCCAUAUGUCCAGCGGUACAAAUCGAAAGUAUUCCUCUGCUCCGUCGUUUUGCAGGACGUGAUCACAUUUUGACGGUUUAUUUUCAUCUUUCUUCUUUGCAGGCAAAAGCCCCCGAAAAGACCCAAGCCAGUUUUGAAUCUUGCGAAUACUAAUAGAAAAGUAAGUUUGUUUUCAAGAAACUCUCCUAUGGUCCCUGGUCUUGUUCAGGUAGUGUGUCUGCCUAACUUUUAGAACGAUGCGGCGUAAAGUUAGUUAGAUCCCAUUUAUCCAUGACUGUUACCGUAAAUAGAGAUUGAUGGACGAAUUUCCGUCAUCCAGUGGUGGUCCUUUCUUCAUUGUCGUGCUGUUGUAAAUCCUCAAAGUGUUUAGCCUCCCACGCAGGUGUUUUUAGGAGAGUCGUAUUUCCUCCCUCCCCUGAAAACGCUUUCGAGAAAGGUUACAAAGUGUUUGGUCAAGCAAUUGCCCGAAACGUUUGUGUUAAUGAAGAGAAGUGUCUUAGUGCAGAUCGCGUCGGUCUUCAGGCGGUAAGAUGGACUUGAAACGAAGUACUAUAUCUACGACUACAAUGAUCGCAGGGGCUUGAUACACUCCUCUAUGUUCCGGCGGGAAAGAGAAGUUAUCCGUAUAUCCGUUGGUCUUCUAAUGCUCCAUUCUUCUGCAGCGUUUUCUGACCGUGGGCAUCCACCCCUCUACCCUGGGUAUUAGUAGCCUGCCAGCAAGCUCUCUAUUUGUGGGAGUCGCGAGAAUUCACGCGAGAGCCACACGCGAAAAGAGAUUUUCGCUCUCUAUGGUUGAAGAGCUUGCUUGCAGGCUAGGGUAUUGGAGUUUUUUUGUCGCGUGCGACGUUCGAAUACUGUGGAGAUGUUGAGUUCGUGGUCGGCUACGUUAUCUGCCAAAGGCCUAAGCUCUGGCACGGUCCAGGGAAUCACCUUUCCACGUACUGUAAGGAAAUUUAGUUCCGCGAGCUAUUCCCGUGUUAUCAUGUUUUAUAUUUGCAUGACGGUAAAAUUUAUUUAAUUUCCUCUUUUACGAACUCCAGGUGAAUGACGCUCUUCCUCCAAUGCCCAAGAAACAAUUUCUCGCUAUGUUGGAGGGCCCUCCUGAGAAGACAUCAGACGAAUACAUUGGAUCACCGUACAGAACGUUGCCGCCAAUAGGAUCUGCCCCGCCCACUGGCCGACGCUCUAAAUCCACCACCCCUAGGAAGCUUUCCACAGCUCCUGGUCUGACGGAGACCACAGCGAGAGACAAUGUACGACCUCAGUAUGAACGCACCAAUAGCAUGCCUCCAGAGAUGCCAGGGUCUUCUCAGUACAGGUCUGACCUCAGCACAAGGCAGACCGUGAAGACAGAUGGACAAGCUACUGUUGGUGAGAGCGUCAGCACUGCUGAUGGGCGUGGUCAGCCACGUGCUGAUCGACAGAUUAACUCUGAAGAUGGAUUUUUCAUGACACAAGUAAGACUUUUUAAUUUCCUGAGGUUUGUUCCCCUAGCAUUUUUGAUAUUCGAGGUCUCUGCACUACGUAUGGUCGGGUUUUUCAAACAUGAAUUCCUCGCCGAUAAUUUCUCCGGUUAAGAUGGGCCUAUGGUACGUCAGGACAAGUUUAUAAACGAACAGAGUGAUCAUGUUAAACUUAAAUUAAGAGAAAGGUGGAUUGCAUUUAGAUUUCCACGGGAGUAAGAUGGAAAAUGUGCAUUUAAAGUUCAUACAGGAAAACUAUUUUUACAGUAACGUAAGCACUUCCGAGUCAUAGGAAGUAGCAAGUGUUACUUUUCAUUUGAAAAAAAAAGACGUACUUAACAUACCAACUAGAUUCUAGUACUGCUUGGCAACCUUAGGAUUUCAUUGACAGUCUCAAAAGUUAGAACCACUUGCAACAGAAAAACAAAGUUCUACAGUAAAUCACAGAGCUUUCAGUUUCAUCUCACUAUUUCGCGAACUCUAGAAACUGACUAUUAACCAUUUAUUUCGAUCUUUUUGCCCCGUCUUGUAUAAGUUUUGUUCAUUCAUUGCCAUUUACGCCAACAGGUAGAUGACCUUGAAGAAGGACAAGAAGUGGAGCCUCCAAAACAAAAAUCGAAGAAAACAAAAGAAAAAGAGCGACCAUUUAGCGUGGAAACAAAAUACAAAGGCUACGAAGAACUGUUGGAUGUUGACGAAGAUGACCCGGACAUUGUUAUACCGCGUGACGUGCAAGGAAGUGUCAGGGCUUUAAAUUACGCUUUGGCACACCCUUUGAUCUUUAGUGAGUCGCACGGUACAUACAAAGAAAGGAGAGUGAAGAAGGAAAAGGUAAUCUACAUGCUGAUUCUGUGAUACAAACACUUAGGCAAAGCUAACAGCGAAGCCCCCGUAUUCCGCGUGGUCAGGGCUUUGAAUUACCGGGUGUCCCAAAAGUUCGUUGCUGUACGUUAUAAGUCUGUAUUUCAGUUCGAUUGGACUUGGUAAGCAAAUCAUUUAAACAAAAGUUGUGCCUUUCAAACUAAAUCACUGUUGUCAUCCUUGUUGUGCUAUCUUUUGACUCGAAUAUUCAAUUUGUGUACUUCCGCGCGAAAGGUGCGCGUGCGCGAGUAUAUUUUCCAGCCACAUAUUUUUUGUAUUUUAUAGCCCGAAUUGUUCGAACUCUUUCCUUGUUUUUUGUGAAUAUCACGAAAGAUUAACCCCCUUAACGCAAAAACGUUCCGCUACGUGAGAGCAUGAGCAUGUAUACUUCGAUUUAUUGGCUUAUCUGUUGAAGAAACUGCUAAAAAACUGGGAAAAUCCGAAUGCUGGGUGAUUAAAUGAUCUUGGAGAAAUGAAGGUUUUGAAGGCAAGAAACGAAGGAGAAGACCAAAAGUCCUGAAUAAAGCAGCUAAAAUAGUUUUUAAGAAGGCUACAAUCGGCGACAAAAUUGUUGAGACAUUGUACUUAAAUAGGGUGACUUCGGAGAACAAAAGAAUCCGCACCCCUCCCCUGUCCCCUCCAUUCAAAGUUGGGGUGUUUGUUGUUUUCUAUAGGUAGCUAGAACAAGGGCCCAACAUUGUACGGAGGGGAUGGGGGAGGAAAGCUAUAUUUCCUCCUUUUGAAGUUCAUAAAACGUAAAAAAGCCUACUUUUGGGCGAAGUGUCCCAACUCAUUUUGCCGCCGAUUGUAGAUACAAAACAGGAGACUCGACGACUCACAUAGUUAGCAAGCAAAGUCUAGACAGGAUCAUGAAAAGUUGUUUAAAAUGUUUAAAAUUACUAAAAUUAGAGGCCCCAGAGAUGGCAAAAAAAAAAAAAACUCUGCUUAAUCUGCUAAGUAACGCCCAGCUCGUCUCAAAUUUGUAAAGAAGUACAAAAGCCUUGCUGUGGAAGGGGGCCGGGUUGAUUAUCUUUUUUGGAUGAAUGCCCAAAAUAUUUUUUUUUUUCAGCUGCCUAAACUAAACAAAUAUUUUGGGGGGCUGAACUGGCUUCUGCGCAGCAGGUGAUAAAAAGCUCAAAAUGGAUCAUCUGUGGGUCUACAUGCAAUCCCACUUCAUGCCGCAACGGCCACAGAAUGUGAUAAAAACAACAACAACAACAACAACAACAACAAAAAGGGCGUGCCAGUUACUGAAAUUCUGAAUACAUGUACUCGAUAGAGAGAGAAACAUCUUGUAGAUAUUUGAUGUUAAAAUAAAGUUUUGAUCAAUAGUUAUAGUGCAUGAAAUUAGAGGAACGAACUUUUGGGACACCCUGUACGCUUUGGUACACCCUCUAAUCUUUAGUGAGUCGCACGGUACAUACAAACAAAAGAGAGUGGAAAAGGCAGAGGUAGUCUAUGUGUCGAUUUUAAAUCAAAGCUGCCUUAGCAAUACAGACAGCUGUUUUGUUGCUCUUUUUUGUCUUAUAAUAUAGACACGUAGGCAAAGCUAAAAGCGGAGCUCCCAUAUAAUCAGACGGUAAAUCGUAUCCUGCAUGUCAUGUAAGGAAGUGUUAGGGUCUUAAGGCAAAUGGUGCGUACAAAAAAACAGAGAAUUAGAAAGACAAAGGUAUAAACUAGAUGAAAAAAUCCCGUUGGCUAUCUCAAAACUAGCGUGUUUAAUUAACGCUUGACACACUCGUACACAAUACAAAAACUGGUUGUUGUUGUUUUUUCUUUGUCGCAUCUUGAAAAUGGCGGAGUUUUUUUGAGUGGGACAGUCAGCUCCGUCAGUUCUUAAUAUAACCUUCGUAACUGCUUUUUGUGUGCAAACUGAUGUGUUAUGCCACGGAUUGAAGUACGUUUCUUGUUCUUGUUUUGCAGACUAUAUCGACAUCAUUUGGGUCCAAAUCACGACAAAGUAAAGUUGAAGAGCUCGGUGGGAUCUUGGACAAAAUGAGAGUUCAAUCCAAGACAAAAGAGUCUAACCUAGGUGAGUUUCUUGUCAGCGCAACCGCAUUCAGUUAGAUAUUGGAUACCCAAACUGUGAUUACACCAUAUUGUGCCGGUCCUAGGCGCGGCACUUGUGGUCGGAUUCCAAGUGUGAACAGCCGCUAUCUUACAAUUUCACAAUAUUUCAAAAGUAACAGACAUCUCAACCGGAAGAGGUAACCCAAAAAGCAACUUUUCCAGAGUAACCGAUGGUUGACUAACAUGAUUGUCACUUUCUGUUUGCUUUGCUUUAGCAACCGCUCUUCAAGAUUUCAAGAAAGACCCUAAACACAAACAAGAGUACAAGGAGGCCAAAAAGCUUUUAAAUGAGGUGAGUAAAAUCCUUCGCGUUUUCACUCCUUGAUUUUUUAACUUUGAAUUAAUAGAAAUCGCCUAGACAUGAUGUGGUAAUCAGUUUUCCUUGCAAUCGGCGGGCCUGAAGUGUCUUGCUAGAUCACCUUAAAUGAGGAAGAAGGAGAGAGUGUUGAUCGCGGAACACAGAAGGAAGGUCCUGUUUGAAGGGCAGUUGUAGCAUUCUGUUUUGGGCGAGUGCGUUAUGGGGUUGUAUCUAAGGGGACGAAGGGGUUAUAAGUUCCAAGUAUAUCUGCAGUAAGAAGAUGGGUGUAGGCGAGGCUGCACUUAAGAAUCUAAGACUCGCCCUUUUUUUCAGGCCAGUUGUUUGGAAGCUUAUGCUAGUUAAUUUCUAAUUAUACCUUGAGAAAAAGCUCACUUUCCCCCGUCAUAUUAUUUUGCUUCCCUCAGGUGCAAACAAUAUACAACGAGGUUCGUGUUGCUUCACUGAAACCUGCUGCUACUGCGCGGGAUCUGUUCGGAACAAAACCCGAAAGGAGAAGAAGCGCAGAGAACAAAGAGUCAGGCGGAGAAACUGGUCACGAUCUUAUGGAAAGUUUAGGAGGCGAAAAGAAUAUUGCAAAGGAACUGAAACGAUUUAAAGAAAAAGUCGAUAGCCGGUUAUGAAAUUAGGUUUCAACAAUAGAGAGCCAAUGAUCAUGAAAUCGCUCCAAUUCAUCUCCGUAUUUCUAGCUAGUUUCUUGCCGUACAUAGUGAUUUUGUGUGCAUAUAAAAGCUAGUCAGUGCAUCUGACAGGUAUAUACUGUACAAAGAUUGUAAAUAAGUUGUACAUAAAAUUUUUUAAAAGAGAAUGAGAGAAUGCCAGUACUUUAGUUUAUUCACCUUUGAGAGAG